AUGAGGAUAGACCUCUUGCACGCGCUGCACAGCAUCAAUACGCCAGCAUCUUUUGCAUGCUUCGGAGCAUUGAAACGAACACCGCCUGCUAGUCUCUUCGUUGAAGGCGUUGGAGACAUCGAGAUGCCACUGAGCGAGUCUCAGGCGCGUCAAAUGAUUGCGGCUGCUCGUCAAGCUCCCUACGGCAAAGGAAGCGAGACUCUGGUUGACACCUCAGUUAGGAACACCUGGGAGCUGGACGCGAGCCAGUUCACCUUCAAGAAUCCCAGUUGGCCAGGUUAUAUCCAGAAGAUAAGCGCUGCUGUUGGGCAAGAUCUCGGUAUUAAUACCACCAUCAAAGCCGAGGUGUACAAAAUGCUUCUGUACGAAAAGGGUGCCAUGUUCAAGUCGCACACCCAUACUGAAAAAAUCCCUGGCAUGUUUGGCAGUCUCGUCAUAUGUUUUCCGUCGGCGCACCAAGGCGGAGAGGUAUUACUCAAGCACAAUGGCCAGCAGAAGCUCUUCAAGUCAUCCGAGUACACGCAAUCUUUCGCGUCCUGGUACUCGGACGUCCAUCACGAGGUUCUUCCCGUCACUUCGGGCUAUCGCUGGGUCGUCACCUACAACCUCGCCAUUGAUCCCCAAGAAGCCCGCCCAUCGACAGCCCUACUCACACCCGAGACUCGAGUUCUCCGCGAGGUGAUGAGCCGUUGGCUUUCCAAGGACGCGCGUUCACGUGAAAAUGAGUUCCUCUACCACCGUCUCGACCACGACUACACCGAAGCCAACAUUUCACUCAACGCGCUCAAGUCCCAAGAUUUAGCUCGGGUCCAGGUGCUGAAAGCUUUGAGCAACGAGUUCCCCGUCGACAUCUUCCUUGGACUUCUCGAGAAAGGAGAAUCGGGGCCCUGCGAGCGCCACUUUGAAUGGGGCAGUUAUCGUGGCAGGAGCCGCUAUGAUCGCUACGACGAGGACGAUGAGGACGACGAGGAUGAAGGCGUCUUCCAUCCUCUUGAGGAAGCCCCAGAGGUGUACUUUACCGAGUUGGUGAAGCUCUGCAAACAGGCGUGGGUUUAUCCACCCCCGAGAUCUAACUUCAAAUAUGACCCGGGGCCAUCGAUUGACGGCGAGAGCAUGCGAGAUAUCCUCAAGAUUGCUCUCCGGCGAGGGGAUCAUGCUCUUUUCGAAAUGGUUGCCGUUCAUCAUGAGGGUCAUUUGCCGCUCGACUUCUUCACCUGGUUGCGAGAGUCGCGAGGGACUAGUAAUGGUCUUAUCCAAGAUCCCCCCGUUGCCGUCUGGAAAGGAUUGACAGCUGCCAUGUUAUCCUACCCUCACCUUUCCGACCAGUAUUGGGCCAUUGUCAACCUGCUGCCCAUUACUGGCAUCUCGACUCUAGAUGCUGCUAAAACGCCCGACUCGCUUUUGGUUUGGAUUCGUGAAAGCAUCCGCUCUUGCGUCGAGGCCUGCACAUCCAAAACCCUUGGCCAAGCUGAUGGACUGGCCAUGGUUGGCCUCGCACGUUACUUAAAGGACCAAGUUGCCUUUCUCUCAGAAACUGCGUUGCCUAUAGUUGAGAAGAAGAUUGAGUGUUCAUCAUUUGUUCUCGCAUUUCUCAAUGAAUUACGAAAGCAAUGCAACAAUGUAAUUCUGCCUACGGAUCGAGUAGUUCCGCUUUACCGUGCCGUGGCGAACUUGGUCUAUACGUCGAUGGAUUUCGCCACCUUGAAGAGUGAAGCUGGAUUCAAGCUCAUCUCAACCAAAAGACCACGCCAUUACAAUUUAGCCCCACCAUCUCGGGAUGAGCUACGAACAGUGGUUUCCCAUCAGUUACUGGCCGAUCACUUUUCUGCGAUGAUCCAGAUAAGCACCGACGCAGAUGACCUUGUGCAACCUCUCACCUCCAAGAUCAUUGCUGCCGUUCCCCGAUUCACACCGACCGAGUUGAAUCUGCUAUGGCUCCCUUUCCUACGCUCUCUUCUCUCCGUCCUCGGCUCCAAUCGGGUACCCUUCAGUACUCCAUACUACCAACAGCUUUUCCGAACCGUUUCAACCACAUACAUCACCAAGUAUGUAGGCCGUGAACCGAGUCGAGAUACAAACCUCGCUAGGCCUAGAGUAAACUGCGACUGUAGAGACUGUGGCCCGCUCAACACCUUUCUCGUCAGCGCCACAGAAAACGUCGCACGCUUCCGCGUCGGCAAGCAACGGCGUCAACACUUGCAUCAGAAGCUAGACUCAGCUGACAUCGACUGCACACACACGACCCUGAGAGAAGGUUCGCCCCAGACUUUGGUGGUGACCAAGUCAUUCAAACACAACGCCGUGGCACGUAAACUUUGGACCUCGCGGCGGGCGGAAGCCUCGGCACUGUUUACCUCGUUUCCUCAGGUUCGGCUCGAGCUUUUGCUGGGCCAGGACUACUCCAAGAUUGUCAACAUGGAGGAAAUCUCGGUGGUGCGACGGCCCCCUGUUUCAGCCGCUGCCUCGCGGUUGACCAUGAACCAGGCAAAUGCUUCGCUGCCACCAGCCAACAUGAAGCGGAAGCUGCCUUCAGAUGAGCUUGAAAUCAUUGAUCUCACUAACGACUAG